UCAUUUUUUUUAGUAGAUCUCAUUUGGCCAUUAAUAUUGUUUUUUUUUUUUUGCACAGAUGGUUUUCAAGCUGGCAGAGAUAUACGAAGCAAGGCGUGGCUGAAUCGUUGGUUGAUGAGCAGUCUUCUGGAUCUCAAAAUAUGGAUGUUAUUACUUUAAAGAGUGCAAAUAGACCCGGGCAGAUUGAUAAUUCUGAUAUUUUUCUAAAUAACAAAGAUAGUGAUGGUGAUGAACUAGAGCUUCGUAGAAUGUUGGAGGAAGGACGUGACUAUGUUCUAGUUUCCCAACAAGUUUGGGAAAGACUAUUGUCUUGGUACAAAGGAGGACCAGCAUUACCAAGAAAAUUGAUAUCUCAGGGUACUUUUCACAAGAAUUUUCUUGUAGAGGUUUACCCGCUUUGUCUUAAGUUGAUUGAUUCUAUGGACCAAAACCAAUCAGUAUCAGUAUUAAGAUUAAGCAAAAAGGCCUCUACAAGGGAGCUUUAUGAGAGGGUGUGUAGCCUUCGUGGAGUAGAAAAACAAAGGGUUCUUUUUAUUUUGUUUAAUUUUUUUUUAACUGUAGUCUUUCUUUAA